GAAAAAAAAUUCCUUUCUUGAAACAUGUCUCUAGGGUUUACCUCCCAAACCCUAGUUUUCAAACCCCAUCAUAUUCAUCCCCCACUCCUUUCUCUUUCUCUUUCUCCAUCUCCAUCUCUCUCUCUCUCUCUCUGUCUAUAUAUAUAUAUAUAUAUAUACCCACCAAACCUUCAUCUCCCUCCCCACCUACACAACCACCAAACUCCAUGUCUGAUAACCAGGGCGCCAUGGUGGACCUCCGCAGAGGUCCUUGGACUCUUGAAGAAGACUCUCUCCUUGUCCACUACAUUGCUCUUCAUGGUGAAGGCCGUUGGAAUCUCCUUGCUCGCUCUUCCGGGUUGAAGAGGACUGGAAAGAGUUGUAGACUGAGAUGGUUGAACUACUUGAAGCCAGAUGUUAAACGUGGGAAUCUAAGUCCUGAAGAACAAUUCUUGAUACUUGAACUUCAUUCAAGGUGGGGAAACAGAUGGUCUAGGAUUGCACAACAUCUUCCUGGAAGGACUGAUAAUGAAAUCAAGAAUUAUUGGAGAACUAGAGUUCAGAAACAAGCUAGACAGAUGAAGAUAGAUUCAAAUAGUUCUUUGUUUGCUGAUGCUGUUCGGUGUUUUUGGAUGCCAAGGUUGCUUGAAAAGAUGCAAGCUUCUUCUUAUUCUUCUUCUACUUCUUCAACUACUACUGUUACUAAUAAUAGUAAUACUAGUUGUUCUUCUUAUUCAAUGGUUAAUGGAUGUCUUCCUUUAAGCUGUGGAAGUUCUAAUAAUGAGAAGAAAAAUCAUGAGGUGGUGGUGGUGAAUCAAAGUGGGUCAGAGUUGAUGUUCAAUAACUCACUGACAAGUUCAGGGAUGAUGAAUGAGAUGCCAAGUAGCAAUAGUUCAUUAAUGGAUGAUGAUGAGCUUGGUCCAUUGUUGAUGGAGAACUCUUUGAUGGAGAAUGAUGAGUCAUGGGCCAUGGAUGAGUUUUGGCAUGCUAGAAAUGUGCAUGAGUGGGGUGGUGGAAUGUAGAAUUUUUUUUUUUUUGUAUUUUUAUUUUUCUAUGUUUAGUAGUUGUUUGAGUGUGUUGAGGGUGUUCAUGUUUGUUGUUUUGUUUCCUCUUGUGGAUGGUUGUAGUGUUCUCUUUGAAAGCAAUUGCAUGGUGUAGUCAUUUCACUUAAAAAUGUGAUGGUUUUUGUUUUCUUUUUCCCAAAAUGAAGAAUCUUGCACUUGUUCAUUUAAUGACACGUGUAAAAAGAAAGGACAAGUUAAAGAUUGAAGCUGUUUGUACAUAUGUAUGAAUUAUAUGUUUACACAUGAAAUUCAACAAUCUCGUCUGGAAGGCAUAAUUAAGUAAACAUUAGUUAGAGUAUCACAACAAGUGUCAUUCAUGUGAGGGAAAGUCACUGU